CAUUCACGGCACUAAAGGCUAUAGACCAGCUGCUCCUGGGAGCGCUCGCAGUGGCUUUGCAGCUCAAUGCAUUACUGCACCAGCAUGCCCAUCCCAGCUGUCCCUCUGCUGCUGGUGCUAGCAGUGGCUACCAUGGCCGCCGUCGCUGCUCCUUCGCCCAGCGGCAGCGACACCGACGCCGCCGCCCUGCUGGAUUUCAAAGCCCAGCUCGCCGACCCUCUCGGCGUCCUCCGCCACAACUGGACCAGCGCCACUCCCUUCUGCCACUGGGUCGGCGUGUCGUGCAGCCGCCGCCGGCCGCGUGUCGCCGCUCUCGCGCUGCAAGACGUGCCUCUCCGAGGACGUCUCUCCCCUCUCCUUGGUAACCUCUCCUUCCUCUCCGUCCUCAACCUCACCAGAACAGAGCUCACAGGCUCCAUCCCUCCGGACCUGGGAAGGCUGCCUCGCCUCAGAGCCCUUGUUCUUCACAACAACACCUUGUCCGGCACGAUCCCAUCGGCACUAGGGAACCUCACAAGGCUUGAACACAUUAACCUGCGGCACAACCAACUCACAGGGCAGAUCCCCCGCGAGCUGGGAAAUCUACACAAUCUUAGGUACAUGGUUCUUAUGACCAAUUAUCUCACAGGACUAGUACCACAUGAUUUGUUCAACAACACAUCUCUGUUAGAAGUUCUGAAAUUAGGGAACAACAGUUUGUCAGGCACAAUUCCAGGUGCCAUUGGCCAGUUGCCCAUGCUGCAAGAACUGAACCUGCAAUACAACCACUUCUCCGGCCCCGUACCUUCGGCGAUUUUCAACAUGACCAGGCUGCAGUACUUUUAUCUUCCAAACAAUUACAACCUCAAUGGGACCAUCCCCAGUGGCAACACUACCUUUAACCUCCCGAUGCUACAAAUAUUAGCCAUGGGUAGGAACAGCUUCACAGGUCAAAUUCCACUAGGGCUCUCGGUAUGUCAACACCUCCAAGUACUGUCACUGACAGACAACCAGUUAGAGGGUCCAGUGCCAGCAUUCUUAGCCUUGCUUCCAGAUCUCGCUAUAAUCUAUAUAGGCCAAAACAACCUUGUUGGCACCAUCCCACCGGCUCUCGGCAAUAUUACCAAUCUUAAGGAACUGGACCUUUCAUAUUGCAAGCUAAAAGGUGUGAUCCCACCGGAGCUUGGACUGUUGAGGCGAAUCAAUGUAUUUGAUCUCCAUGAUAAUCAGCUCACCGGACACAUUCCUACCUUUUUUGGCAACUUGUCUGAACUACAUGAACUCGAAUUGAACAAUAACUUCUUGCAUGGGCUAGUACCAACCGGAUUUUGUAGCGCUGGAUCGUUCAAGACUCUUCUUCUCUAUGGAAACAAAUUACAUGGAGAACUCAGCUUUCUAUCCACACUUUCAAAUUCUAAAGAACUCCAGGUGCUUGACCUGGGAUUUAAUUAUUUCACAGGUGGCCUCCCUGACUAUGUAGGUAACCUAUCAACUCAUUUGUAUUACUUCUCUGCAGCCACAAACUUGUUAACUGGUGAAGUUCCUGCAACACUCUCAAAUUUAAGCAGCCUUAUUUUUAUUUCACUUUACGGAAACCAAUUUAGUGGUACAAUUCCAGAACCAAUAGUGAUGAUGGACAAGCUCCAAAUCCUUUACCUCUCUCAGAAUGUCAUGUUUGGUCCCAUACCAGAAAAUAUUGGUAUGCUAAGGAACCUAGAAAAACUAUUUCUUGACCACAACUACUUUUCUGGUUCCAUACCAAAUGGUAUUGGAAACCUCACUACUUUACAGAUUCUUACACUAUCCCAUAACAUAUCAGGCAUACCAGAAAGCUUUUUUCAACUUGAUAGCCUGAUAGCCCUUGAUCUGUCUCAAAAUUCCCUGGAAGCUGCAUUGCCCUACGAUAUAGGUCAGUUGAAGCAAAUUAACUAUUUGGAUCUCUCUGCCAAUCACUUGCUUGGUAGGUUCCCUGUUUCCCUUGGACAGCUCCGAAUGAUCACCUAUUUGAAUCUUUCACACAACUUGCUGAAUGAUUCACUCCUGGACAUUUUUCUCAACUUAAAGAGCUUGGAAUCACUAGACCUCUCUUACAAUAAUCUCUCUGGUACAAUCCCACAGUACUUGGCCAAUUUUACCUACCUAACUAGCUUGAACAUCUCAUUCAAUAAACUACAUGGUCUGGUACCGGAAGGAGGUAUCUUUACAAAUAUUUCAGGACAAUGUUUGGAGGGGAAUUCAGCUCUCUGUGGUGGCAUUUCACGUUUAGGCCUGGCACCAUGCCAAAGCAUCCACCAAUCAGGUCGUAGGCAUAUCUUAAAGUUCCUGAUCCCUGCGGUCAGUGUUACUGUUGUUGGAGCUGUGGCUACAUGCCUAUAUAUGAUAGUGAUGCAGAAAACCAAAAGGCAGGAGGAGACGCUGGUUUCUCCUGGUCUAGUUGACAUGGUCAACCACAGGUUACUCUCUUACCAUGAGAUCGUUCAAGCCACUGACAACUUCAGUGAGAGUAAUCUGAUUGGGGCUGGAAGCUUUGGAAAAGUUUACAAGGGACAAUUGAUCGAUGGAGCUAUGGUCGCGAUAAAAGUUCUGAACAUGCAUCUAGAACAAGCUGUGAGAAGCUUCGAUGCCGAGUGUCGUGUCCUGCGCAUGGCCCGACACCGCAACUUGAUAAGUAUACUUACAACCUGCUCCAAUCUUGACUUCAAAGCCUUGGUCCUUCAAUAUAUGCCAAACGGAAGCUUAGAGGCUCUCAUGCACACCGAAGGCAGAGAGCAACUGGGGUACCUUCAGAGAUUGGAAAUUAUGUUGGAUGUGUCCAUGGCACUGGAGUAUCUUCACUAUGAUCAUUGUGAGGUCGUCCUGCAUUGUGACUUAAAACCUAGCAAUGUUCUAUUUGAUGAGGACAUGGUAGCACACGUGGCGGAUUUUGGGAUUGCAAAAUUAUUGUUGGGUGAUGACUUCUCCGCAGUUUCUGCGAGCAUGGCUGGAACAAUCGGUUAUAUCGCACCAGAGUAUGGAUCGGUGGGAAGGCUGUCAAGAAAAAGUGACGUAUUCAGCUACGGGGUCAUGCUUCUUGAAGUAUUCACUGGAAAAAGGCCCACGGACCCUAUGUUCGUUGGGGAGCUAGACAUUAGGAGAUGGAUUCAUCAGGCCAUUCCAACAAAUGUUAUGUAUGUCGUGGAUGAGCAGCUACAGCAAGACCUUGCUGGGAGUCUGAAUGACUUUCUGAUCCCAGUGCUUGAAAUAGGAUUACUAUGCUCUGAUGAUUUGCCGGAUCGAAGAAUGGCGAUGCGCGAUGUCGUUGUGAAACUGAAGAAGAUAAGGGAGGCAUACAUGGUUUCUAUAACAAGGACGCAGGGUGCCCGGUGACAACAGACCUCCAAGAAGGUUCUUAGUGACUGAAAAUGACCAGUCGGAUCAGGAGAACGAAACUGGUAGAAAGCACCACAUGCGAUUUUAUUUUACAUUACAGCAGGUGAUUUGAUUUGAUAAUGACACAGCAACGGUCUACACCAUUGUACAUGCCCUACUGCAGUGGAAGCCUAGCAGUUGUUUAACCUAUUUUCCAUUACGUAGUGUGAUACAUUUAA